AUGGAGGCUUGCAGAAACCACCCAAAUAAUCCAGCAUUACAAAACACCUCACUGUGCACUGAGAUGAGAAAGGCACACGACUUCGAUGAGCUUGUUAGAAGAAGCACUGAACGCGUUCCGGAUAUUGUGUACUACCCACUUGUAUGGCGAGACAUCUUUAGAGCAUUCUUUCCUGUUCUUCUUGUCAUUCUCGCUGUAUGGAGAAGUCGGCGGAACAUGGACUCAUCUCGCCUGGGGCAUGAUCAAAACACCUUACGCCCGAACCUACGACCUGCUGCAGCAACCUUUGAUAGAUUGCCUUAUGCCACAGAAUCUCUAGAAGCUAUUGACUUCUACGAAAAUGCGCCUCUAGAUCACUUCCUCGACGUCCACAGAUGGAGUGAACGAAAGCAAAUGUCCAAGAUCUUCCGGACAUUGUUUAAGUUGUUCGGAAGGUUUCAUCACGAGUUUCAGGUGGUGAGUCGUGCAGAAAUAGCCUGUAUGGUUAGCAAGCUGAAGUGA